AGGUCAUGAACGUUUUUCCCUUGCCGUGAGAAGCCGUUACUCUGUUACCGUGCAGUUCACAGAGAGACACCAUAGUCUCUUUCUUUCUCCGAUACGAUUCAACACACAACGUAACAUAAUAGCAAUUGCAGAACGCAGCUUCCGGUUCUUCACUAUCUAUCCAUGGUAUUAUAUUACUCGAUUUUCUUGAAUUAGGAUUUCGAUUAUGUUCAUUGAAGCGCGAGGGUUGUUAAUCUGGUGAUGGGUAAGUGGAGGAAAGCAACGGCAUAAAGGAAUCGUUCCGAAAUUGUUGUUUGGAAAAACUAGGGUUGCGAAAUGGAGGGAGAGGAUAUUAGGUCUGGGACCAGGAAGAAGCGAUCCAAGAAGGAAAUUGGUUUUGACUCUGACGACGACGAGCCCAUUGGCUCAAUCUUUAAGCUGAAGAGGUCCAAGAGGAAGGGUAGUGGUAGUGGUGAGGCUGUUAGGGAGAAGGAGGAUUUGGGGGGUAUGGAUGAUAAUGAUACCUUGGCUAGCUUUAGGAAGAGAUUGAAGGGUCCUAAAAGAGAUCAGGGAUCUGGGGUUGGAAGAGGAGCAAGUCCUGCUUUGCAUGUGUCUGAUGAAGAAUUGGUUGGAUUGGGAGCUAAGGGUAAGGAUGAGAAAGGGGUGGCCUUGGUGCCUGGUGGUGAGGACAUACAGAUGCAGGAUUCUUCUGAUCAACACAUGGAAGAUUCGUUGUCUACGAUUUUUCACAAGGCACAGUCUAGCUCUGCUAGGAAAUCUCGUGGGGUUUCGAGGCAGAAAAAGGGGAUUCAGAAGGUGGAUAGUGGGUUGAGCUCUGGAGGUUUUGUGGAAGCUGUGGAUGGUGUGGUUGAAAGUAGAUCCGGAUCUGCUUCUGGCUCGAAAUUGGUUGGGGGGAAUGCCAUGUCUGAUGAUGCUUUGCCUCAAACGUCUGAACCGGUUGUCACAUCCGUGGUGGACGACCAGAAGUGUGUUAACGACUGUUUUCAAGAGGGAAUUGCUAAGGGUGAAUGUGAUUUGGACAUUCCAGGUGGAUCGAAUCAGUCAAAUGAUGUCUACCGUGAAGAUGGGAAGCAGUUUUCUUGUGCUGUACAAUCUGAAGAUAUUUCUUGUGAUUCUGAGAAGAAGGUUGCACUGCAGGAAAGUGUUGUUACCAGUGGUGAUUUACAUAACUUAUCUUCUAUGUUAAACAAUGAAAUAGUUGAUACUGCAUCUCUCUCAAAACUGGGGGAAGGGGAAAGACAAUUUACUGAGGUCCGGGAGCUUGAGAAUAGAUUGACUGAUGACCUAGUACAGGCAAGCAACACUGCUUCAGAACGUGAUAUUUCUACUUCUGCAGGGAAAGAAAAUGUCUUGAAAUCUUCGCACACUGAACCCUUGAUUAAAUCAACUGAAAAUGCAUUGAAUGAGAAUAAUGAUAUGGUUUCUGGAAAAGAUUUUCAGGAAUCCUCAAGUAAUGGAGUUCUAAAGUUAUAUGGAGGCCAUAUGGAAGCAGAUGGAGCUGGAAAAUCAGAAACUGAGUUUGUUUCUGAUAGAAAUUUCUGUGGUUAUAGUAAUUUAGAUACAAAGGCUGAAGUGCAUGAUUUUGUUCAAGGUUUUUCACCUAAAAGAAAUGAUGUAACUGUCAGUGGUUCUUCUAUGGUGUCUAACGAAGCUGAGUUGGCUGCCCAAUCAAAUUACCCAGAGAAACCUGUAGAAGCUUGCAACAUUCCAAAAGACCCCACUGCUUCUAUUCUGAAAUGUAGCUCAGUUUUAGAUCCAAAUCAAUCAGAUGGAUCCUCUCUUCAAUCUUCAAUUCCAGAUGAAAAUGGGAUCUCUGCAGAAUACCAUGCCUCUGUGACUGAUUUUGUCGAUAAUGAUGGUAAGAUUUCAAGCAUUCCGCGGUUGGUGAGAAAGACCAAAAUGCGCAAGCAUGGAGACAUGACAUAUGAGGGGGAUGCUGAUUGGGAAGUUUUAAUUAAUGAUCAAGCUCUAAAUGAAAGUCAAGUUAUGACAGAUGUUGAACGCACUCUUAAAACAAGAAUGAAGCAUGAUUCCUCUUUGAAUACUGGUGAAGACUCUGAAAAUGUUGCAGUAGUGGCAGUAUCAGCUGGGCUGAAAGCCCGUAAAGCUGGUCCAAUCGAGAAAAUAAAGUUUAAAGAGAUCUUGAAGCGAAAAGGUGGUCUCAAGGAAUAUUUGGAUUGCAGAAAUCAAAUUUUAAGUCUGUGGAGCCGAGAUGUCACACGUAUUUUGCCACUUGCUGAAUGUGGAGUUAAUGAUACCGAUUCUGAGGAUGGAAGUCCUCGUUCUUCUCUUAUUAGGGAGGUCUAUGCAUUUCUCGAUCAGUAUGGUUAUAUAAAUGUUGGAAUUGCCUCCCAGAAGGAGAAUGUUGGAAGUAGUGGAAGGCACUGUUAUAAACUGGUAAAAGAAAAAGGUUUUGAGGAAAGUCUCGCAGCUUCAAUGGUUGACUCUGAAGAUGGAGUUUCCUUUCUUGUUGGCCAGACUAAAAUGUCAGAUGCUUCCAAUGAGAUUAACAAUGGUCUAAGAAAGGAUUGCAAUGACCUAACAAUUGAAGCUACAGAAGGUAUGGGCCACAGUAAUGAAGUGAAGGUGGAUUUAUCAAACAUAUCACAACAGGAAGAAGGAAAAGUUUUUGAUUACCAGGAAAAUGAUGGAUUUCAGGAUGGAACUAUUGGCAGUUCCGUUCCUUCUUCCAACUUUGCUGAUUGCAAAUUAACUUCUCUGAUAGCUAAAGAAAAAAGCAAUGACUCUACCUGCAUUAAAUCUGUCUGGGAUGGUCAGGUAGGUGACAAUCUGCAGCCUGAUUUAGAUCCGAGAAAGAGAGUAAUUGUGAUUGGAGCUGGGCCUGCUGGGUUAACUGCUGCUCGCCACUUGCAACGUCAAGGAUUUCCUGUAACUGUGCUUGAGGCUAGGAGUAGGAUAGGAGGUCGUGUGUUUACUGAUCACUCCUCACUUUCUGUCCCUGUCGAUCUUGGAGCUAGCAUUAUAACUGGUGUUGAGGCUGAUGUGGCAACUGAGCGAAGACCAGAUCCUUCCUCGUUGAUUUGUGCUCAGUUGGGCCUUGAGUUGACGGUAUUGAACAGUGAUUGCCCUCUUUAUGACAUAGUGACAGAACAAAAAGUUCCUGCAGAUAUGGAUGAAGCACUUGAAGCUGAAUAUAAUACCCUUAUAGAUGACAUGGUAUUGGUUGUUGCUCAGAAAGGUGAACAAGCAAUGAAAAUGUCUCUUGAAGAUGGUUUAGAAUAUGCCCUCAAGAUUCGGCGAAUGGCACGCACCGAAAGCAGUGAAGAAACUGAACAAAUUUCUGCAGAUAGACCAUUUGAUUCCAAAAGGGACAGUUCUGUGGAAAAAAAGCUUGAUGAGGAGAUUUUGAGCCCUCAGGAGAGGAGGGUUAUGGAUUGGCACUUUGCUCAUUUGGAGUAUGGUUGUGCUGCUUCACUUAAUGAUGUUUCUCUUCCCUACUGGAAUCAAGAUGAUGUGUAUGGAGGUUUUGGCGGAGCUCAUUGUAUGAUUAAAGGGGGUUACAGUUCCGUUGUUGAGUCUCUGGGAGAAGGAAUUAGAAUUCACUUGAACCACGUUGUAACAAAUGUGUCGUAUGGUAUCAAGGAACCAGGUCAAAGUUAUAAAGUCAAAGUUUCUACAUCAAAUGGCAAUGAGUUCUUUGGUGAUGCUGUCCUUGUUACUGUUCCACUUGGCUGUUUAAAGGCUGAAACUAUACAAUUCUCCCCUCCUUUGCCACAGUGGAAAUGUUCUUCUGUUCAGCGUCUUGGCUAUGGAGUUCUAAAUAAAGUGGCUUUGGAAUUUCCUAGUGUAUUUUGGGAUGAUGCCGUGGACUACUUUGGAGCGACAGCUGAGGAGAGAAACAGUAGAGGUCACUGCUUCAUGUUCUGGAAUGUCAGGAAAACAGUUGGGGCUCCUGUCCUUAUUGCAUUAGUGGUUGGUAAGGCAGCCAUAGAUGGUGUAAGCUUGAGCUCUUCCGAUCAUGUUAAACAUGCAUUGAAGGUUCUCCGAAAACUUUUUGGACAGGAUUCAGUUCCAGAUCCUGUUGCCUAUGUUGUGACUGAUUGGGGUAGGGAUCCUUUUAGCUAUGGUGCUUAUUCUUAUGUUGCAGUUGGAGCCUCAGGAGAAGACUAUGAUAUAUUAGGGAGACCAGUUGAUAACUGCUUGUUUUUUGCUGGUGAAGCAACCUGCAAAGAGCACCCAGAUACUGUUGGUGGUGCAAUGAUGAGUGGACUACGAGAGUCUGUUCGCAUAAUUGACAUAUUGAGCACUGGAAAUGAUUAUAUUGCUGAGGUGGAGGCAUUGGAAGCUUCACGGGGACAGUUAGACACUGAAAGGGAUGAAGUGAGGGAUAUCAUAAAGAGACUUGAUGCAGUAGAACUUUCUAACAUAAUGUACAAGAACUCUUUAGAUGGUGCUCAAAUUUUAACCCGGGAAGCUUUGUUAAGGGAAAUGUUCUUUAAUACGAAAACCACUGCUGGACGCUUGCACGUGGCUAAACAAUUGUUAACUCUUCCUGUUGGAAACUUGAAGUCUUUUGCUGGAAGUAAAGAGGGGCUAGCCAUUCUCAAUUCAUGGAUACUGGACUCAAUGGGAAAGGAUGGGACCCAACUCUUGAGGCACUGUUUGCGACUUCUUGUCCGUGUUUCAACUGAUCUUCUUGCUGUACGAUUAUCAGGAAUGGGAAAAACAGUGAAGGAAAAAGUUUGUGUACAUACCAGCCGCGAUAUUCGUGCUAUAGCAAGCCAGUUGGUCAAUGUAUGGCUUGAAGUUUUUCGCAAGGAAAAAGCUUCUAAUGGGGGAUUAAAGUUAACAAGACAAACAACUGCAGUAGAUUUAUCUAAGAGAAAAUCUGUUAAAGAUUCUGCCUCGGGAAAACCACCUCUGGGCACAUAUCAUGGUACCAAUGAGAAUAAAGGAGGCUUGCUGAAUCCUACCUCUGCUGGAAGCAAUUCACCUUCCCAUGCCCAUGUGAAGAAGUUGCACUGCAAACAAGGAAGACAGCUUCCAGCAUAUGACUCAAGGCAUGAAGUCAGUUCUUCCAGGUCUAAAGGUUCAAUAGACAGAGUGGUUACAGAGGAGGAUAACCACUGUGCUAUAUCUGAAGAAGAACAGGCUGCUAUAGCUGCUGCAGAGGCUGCACGUGCUAAAGCUCUUGCUGCUGCUGAGGCAUAUGCUUCUGCAGAAGCCAGAUCCAAUUCGCUGUUACAGCUUCCUAAGAUACCCUCAUUCCAUAAAUUUGCUAGACGUGAGCAGUCUUCACAAAAUGACGAGUGUGAUAGUAGAAAAAGAUGGUCAGGUGGUGUUUUUGGAAGGCAAGACUGUAUUUCAGAGAUUGAUUCUAGGAAUUGCAGAGUUAGGGAUUGGUCUGUUGAUUUCUCUGCUGCUUGUGUCAAUCUUGAUAAUUCCAGAAUGCCAGUUGAUAACCUCUCACAGAGGAGUCAUUCAAAUGAGAUUGCCAGCCAUUUGAAUUUCAGGGAGCACUCAGGAGAAAGUGCUGCUGGGGACAGCACCAUAUAUACGAAAGCUUGGAUUGACACAGCUGGUGGUGUUGCAAUUAAAGAUCAUCAUGCCAUUGAGAGAUGGCAAUCUCAAGCAGCUGCUGCAGAUUCUUAUUUUUCUAAUCCAACUAUUCAUUUGAAGGACGAGGAGGACUCAAAUGCCUGUUCUAAGCUACCAAGCUGGAAGCGUGAUGGUGUCGCUAAUGAGAGCUCUAUUUCACAGGUUACUGUAAAUAAGGAGGCCCUGAAGAGUCAUUCCCGAGCAGCAGAUCAUAUUAAACAGGCUGUUGUGGACUAUGUUGCAUCACUGCUUAUGCCCCUUUAUAAGGCAAGAAAACUAGACAAGGAUGGAUACAAGGCUAUAAUGAAGAAAAGUGCAACAAAGUUUCAGGUCAUGGAGCAAGCCACAGACGCAGAAAAAGCCAUGACUGUACGUGAGUUUCUAGAUUUUAGGAGGAAGAAUAAGAUUCGCUCCUUUGUGGAUAUACUGAUUGAGAGGCACAUGACUAUGAAAUCAGAUGUGAAAUCUUAAUGUUCUUUGGAUGGGAAUUGUUUGUACUUUGUUGUACGUCUUUUGUAACAGUUGCCAAAGUCUGGUUCUUCUUCCUACUUCAGUUCUCACAGUUUUGAUGCAAUGAGCAUGAUCUCAUAUGAGCACCUCAAUCUGCCUAUGUAAAUGAUCUAGAAGGUAUAAUUAAAAAGACACAACUUGAUCCAUUCACAUCAAGCGGGUUCUAUGGAAUUCCUUCUUAGCAAAAUCUUGAACGGCAUUCCAAAUACAGCUGGUAGAUUGCCAGUAACCAGACUUCGACACCUAAGCAGACUCAUUGAAAAUAUCAGUUGGAUGUUGAGGGUGAUGGGCAUUGGCAGGUUUGAAGAUGACGGCAGGUUGCAUUCAUCUGUCGAGUAAUACAUCAUCUUUCAUUGAGGUUUAUUCCUUUGAGGAUUGAAAACCUAGACCCCAUUUUUAUUAAAGGGGUUUCUGAAGGGCAAGACAUUAAAUGACCUUAUCAAUUUCUUCAAUUUGUACAGCUUAGCAUUGUUCUAGUGAUGACAAGCAUACAUAUCCAUUUUCUAUGUCCAACUAGAAACAUUUUUCUUAUUUAAGUUUAACAUCAAUUACUAACUUUUUUUCUUCAUUCUCCAAAUAGGGGAAAGAAUUAUGCCAACUUUUGUAAGAUACUUGGUUACUCCAAUUAUUUUUCUUCUAUCUGAUUCUCUUGUACGUCUGUGUUGCACAUGUGCGAACACCCUGUUUACUCAUAGUUUAGUCAGCUUCCUCAUGUGUGCUUAAAAUAAUUAAUAGAUACAUCGCCUCCUUGCAAAACAAGCUCGUCAAUGUAACUAUAAUUAUGAUUCAAAGGACUGCACCGUGGGAUGGCCAACAGCCCAAGACAUUUUAUAUGGUUGUUUACUUUGUGUGUAAUUAUUGGGCUGCUGUUCUAUAUGGUCGUUCUCCUGUACUAAUUAUGCUUACAGCUCUUCCUAUGGUUUCUAGGCUGAGAAAGAUCAUUUCAUUCACUAAUGGGAGGAACUAGGUAUUCUGUAUUUUCCCUCUGUUUUGAUGUAUUUAGGAACUAUUACCUUCUUCAUAACAAAUUUUCAGGUUUCUUCUGUUUUCUUACCUGUAUGUAUCAUUCUAAAGUGUUGAGGUGGAUGGCCUUGUUAUGAUUCUAUUGCUUUUGUUUCUGCUGCAGACUGUCUUCAAGCCACCAGUAUGUGAUAUUGGAUUAAAAAAUGUCGCUGGUGGGGAAAUUAAAUUCCACUGGGGUGAGUACCUUUUUUUCUUUGCAUUGCAGCAGUCUCCCCCCUCCUCUGUGAAUUCCACUGUGAAUUCCCCUCAUUGGUUGCACCUAUUGUGAACAUUGGUUGCCAAGAAUAUCUGUGAUGUUUGCUUGGUUAUACCUUUUUUAUUCAUUAGGGGAAUGACCCUAAUUUUUAUUGAUGCUAUUUCAAAUUGGUUACAUACCCCAGUGGAAAAUUUACCCUCAGACUCUAUAUUGGACGCAUUUCUGGUAUGAUUCGGUAUCGUUUAAAACUGUACCAUUUUAUGGUAUAGUAUUGUAUAAUACACAUUUUUGUUGUAUCA